AUGUCGCGCAGGUCGGAGAAUAGCCUUUCGACCGCUGUCGUUGAGCUUUACCUUGAUGACGGAACCAACAAGCAGAACUGGAACAGGCAUCGCUGUGGCAUUGCGUGCUUCGUGAAGGACAACCCUCAAAAGUCAUACUUCAUCAGGCUCUAUGACCCAAAGACAUAUCAGAUGGUGUGGGAACAGGUUCUUACAGACAACUUUGUGUACAAGACCCUAAGUACAUACUUCCACACAUUUGAGGCAAAUGUCUGUCAGGCUGGUCUCAAAUUUGCAAGUGAGAAAGAGGCAGCCCAUUUUCAGAAGAUGGUGGAGGGGAAGAUCAUGGAGCGGGUUCAGAAACGCAUGGGUGAGGAGAACUACAGUAACAAUCUGUCUCAGGUGCAGGGGUUGGAUCCAGAGAUACAGAUUAUUUGUGAGUAUUUAGGAAUGUCGACAGUGGACGAGGAAACGAUCGAUUUCAUCUACGACUUUGUUGACAAGAAGGGUGGACUUGAAGAACUGAUGAAAGAGAUAGCACAGCAACAGUCAACUGAUAUGCAAAGGCUAUUGAAAGACGUCGCCGUGUACAUCCUUCGCCACAAGAGAUUGAGAGCAUCGCAAAUGUUUCACCUUCAAGUCCAGGACGUCGUUUCGGACGGAUGUUCAAAUCUGCCGACCUGCAGAUGCUCCCCAGUGAUACAGUGA